CCGAAACUGCCAUUGUGUCUCUGGGGGGCUGCUUAGCGCCCCAGGCUGCGAAUAAGGUCGUGUUGUUGGGGUAGUUACCUUUUUUUUCUCCGAGUGACGGAUGCCGCCGACGAUGACAUCGUUCUCGGCCGACCAUCCAGAGCUACCGGCACGCCAUGCCCACGCUUGCGGCGGGAUCAAUCAUGGUCACUGUCGUGAUUGCAUAACAGCGUCGCAUGAGCGAUUGUCGCCGGGUCGCCAGAACGCAACAUCGGAUGCCCAAUUUCCGCCUCCAUUCCCGCGCUCAUCCAAUGCGUAUUGCGGUAGCGUUGCCAGCGAAAAUUUUGCCGUGUCAGUGUCAGUGUUUUAGACACCCGCCCAGCGUGCCGAGUCUGUGGUUCGCCAGGGGG